GCUCCCAUGAGUGUGAGAACAAUCAGGCCAAUCAUCCUGUAGCUGACUGAAGCCUCCUGUGACCAGACUGGAUUCAAAUGAUCUAUGACUCACCACAUUUAUACCUCAGCCCCUCUGCCUGUGCAUGCACCCGCCUCCUCGCACCUCCAACCCUCCAUCCCAAUUCUCCCACCCACCACUGUUGGCUUCUACUUCUGUAGUGGAAAAAAUAGUGAAGUGCCAUAUUUAAGCAAAUAUAACCUAUUCCAUCAUUGCAUAGGAGUGAUGAACAAAGAUGAUUCUAUAGGUGAAAUGACUUGAACUGCAAAUGUUAAAAUUACAAAAGUUAUCAAAUGCUGUGACCUAAAAAAGAGGCAUGUUGUUCUAGUUUUCUGACCACAGAUGAUGUUUUUCUCACUCACCUUGUCUUGGCUUUAAUUCAAGGACAGCCAAAAGCAGAGUCGUAUACAACAGCACACAAACAUUUGUCUUAAUUAAGCUCUGACAAAUUAAAACAAAUUAUAACGUGGGAUGCUUAGCAAUAGAGUUAAAAGACAUAACUACCUAAGAAGCUGCCUUUGUUGUUAGUUCCCGUUUUUAGUUAGUUUUUAACCUUUUUUACCUGGUUGUGUAACUCGUCACUGUUUGUGUACUGUGGCUCACCGAGAACAGCCCAUGAGAGAUCCAGAACCCUCAACAAACAAGAAACAGAUGUUAAAUGUGGGGGGACCACUGGUCCACAUUUGUAAAUGAGGAACACAGGCGACGGGGACUGUGCUGCGAUGGGGCAGCGGCGGCGUGUGAUAACAGAGUGAUAACGACGCAGAUCGGGGUUUCACACCGGUGCCACGAGGCAAAGACACAGAUGGAGUUAACAGAACGCGGGAGGAGCAGGUGGAGCACGGCUGGGCUGCAGGGAUAUAAAUGUGACCUGGGGCCUGUUCAGGUGUCUUCUUAUCGUUCACCAGACACCAUGAGACUCUUUGCUCUGCUGCUGAUGGUUGGAGCUGCUGUGGCAGUUCCUCAUGAAGACGGUCGGGUCAUUGGCGGACAGGAGUGUGAGCCUCACUCUCGACCCUACAUGGCCUCCCUCAACUAUGGCUACCACUUCUGUGGUGGGGUGCUCAUCAACAAACAGUGGGUGCUCUCUGUGGCCCACUGCUGGUACAAUCCCUAUUACAUGCAGAUCAUGCUGGGAGAACACAACUUGCGGGUGUUUGAGGGUACAGAGCAGCUCGUCAAAACUGACACCAUCAUCUGGCACCCCGAUUACGACUACCAGACUCUGGAUUAUGACAUCAUGCUGAUCAAGCUCUUCCACCCCGUGGAGGAGACGGAGGCUGUCUCCCCCAUCCCUUUGCCCACAGGGUGCCCAUAUGCAGGACUCUCCUGCUCUGUUUCUGGCUGGGGAAACACUGCCAUGGGUGAUGAGGUGAACUUGCCCGUCCAUCUUCAGUGUUUGGAUGUGCCCAUCCUGGGCGAUCAGGAAUGUGAGAGCGCCUACCCUGGCAUGAUCUCACGCCGGAUGAUGUGUGCCGGAUACAUGGACGGAGGCCGAGACGCCUGCAAUGGUGACUCCGGCAGCCCCCUAGUGUGUGCUGGGCAGCUCCAGGGUCUGGUGUCAUGGGGUCAGGGAUGCGCUCUGCCCAACUACCCUGGCGUCUACGUCAAAGUGUGUGAGUUCCUCUACUGGAUUCAGGACGUCAUGGAGGCCAACCCCUAAUAUGUUUUCCCUCAUUGCUUCUUCCAUUUGCUGGAUUUUCACUGGUGUCUUGUCUCAUUUUGGAGUUUUGGCCUCUGGUAACGUAGCACAGUACAAAAUUAAAUAAACCACUUGGUACAA